CGGCCGCGGCGCCGCAACAAGCAGUGAUUUUGGAACAGGUCGCGCAGGGCUCCGCUCUCAAAGUGGAAGAAAACUAGGAAAGGAGAGCCAUUUUCACGAUUGGUUUGUGAUUGGUGAUGAAUUAUUUAGUUAAAUGACUGCUUAAAGGAUGGCCUCAAGAUAGUAUACACCCAUUAUCAAAUCAAGGUGCAGAUAUUUCCAGCAAUGGCUGCCAAAUUGAUCUUCCUGACGUUCCUGUGCGUUGCAACUGUCAGUUGUUUGACCAGCAGAGACGAGGAAGGGUUAUACGUUAACGAGUGGGCGGUCAAGGUGGCUGGAGGUGAAAGGAAGGCUCGAGAAGUUGCUACUGACCAUGGCUUCACAUUCGACGGUCAGAUUGGAACCUUGAGAGAUACAUAUGGAUUCUCCAAGAAGAAGAUGAGUGCCAGAUCUAGGAGAGGCGCAAAUAAUUAUAACAAAUUACUGGCAGAAGACACAAGGGUUUCAUGGGUAGAGCAGCAGAAAAUAAUUUUACAUUCCAAGAAGAGUGCUGAUGAUGUCGUGCCUCCGGAUGAAACGGGAGAUGACUGGGCUAUUCCAUUCAACGAUCCGCUCUGGGAUAAACAGUGGUAUCUGUACAAUGAUGGUCAGAAAGGGGCUACGCCAGGAAUGGACAUGAACCUCAUGCCUGCUUGGAAGCUAGGAUACACUGGAAAGGGGGUUGUAGUCACUAUCGUAGAUGAUGGAAUGGAUGAGCAUCAUCCCGAUCUGAAAGAUAAUUUUGAUAUGUAUGCUAGCUAUGACUUCAACAAUAUAAGUAACGAGCACAGUCCCACCCCAGAUUAUAGCAAGCCAGCAAAAGCAGUGCGCCAUGGUACAAGGUGUGCGGGGGAGGUAGCAGCAGCAGCCAAUAACAGCAUCUGUGGGGUGGGUGUGGCUUAUGAGGCCAGCAUCGGAGGUAUAAGACUUCUUGAUGGUCCAGCAACCGAUCGCCUUACAGCCCAGGCCCUACAGUUCAACCACAGCCACGUUGACAUCUACAGCUGCUGCUGGGGUCCAGUUGACGACGGGAUCAGGUUUGAGAUGCCACAUACACUCACUAAAGAGGCCUUUGAGCAUGGAGCAAUCACAGGUCGUAACGGAAAGGGCUCCAUCUUUGUCUGGGCGGCAGGCAAUGGUGGCCAUGACGACGACCACUGCGGAGCAGACGGCUACGUGGGUGACAUCCACACGAUCGCCAUCAGCGCCAUCAACGACCAUGGAAGACCAAGUUACUUCGUAGAGUCCUGUCCAGCCAUCAUGGCUGUAACCCUCUCUGGAGGUCCUUCUAGCAUCGCUGACAUUAAGAGUGGCGACUUCAAGUGGAACCUUGUGACCACCACAGACCUGAAUGGAAACUGCACCGAUGCUUUUGUAGGAACAUCCAGUGCCGCACCCCUUGCUUCUGGAUUGUUUGCUGUAGUGCUGCAAGCAAACCCUCAGUUGACAUGGCGAGACUUGCAGUAUCUCAUCACAGAAGGCAGCAAGAUUCCACAGCCUUACAACCACGGCUGGAGCAUCAACGGAGCCGGGCUUCAUGUUCAUCAUGACUUUGGUUUCGGGGUACUGGAUGCAGGCAAGAUGGUGGAGCUGGCCCUGACCUGGGAUCUCGUUGGUCCACAGCAAACGUGCGAGGUGGAUCCAAUCUUCCCAGACCGAACUCUCCGCCAAGGCUGGGCCCAGAAUGUCACCCUCUCCGUUAACUGCCCCAAUGUCCACAGCAUGGAGCACGUCAAAGCACACAUCAGCCUCCAGGCUUACCGACGAGGCGAUGUUAGCCUAAUCCUCUACUCUCCGUUCGGCACCCCAUCUCGUCUCAUAGAUACCAGGAUACAUGAUAGCAAAAGGGAGGGCCUUACUGAUUGGCCCUUUAUGACUGUUCAUAACUGGGGAGAGGACCCUAAUGGAAAAUGGAUCCUACAAUUCAGCUACAACACAACCCCAGAUGAUGCUGACGAACCUGAAGAUGAAGUACUGGAACUGGUUCCUCGUGUUGAAGUCCAACAAGCUACUCUGGCCAUGGUGGGACUUACCAUAUACGGUGUGAGCGAACCCCGUCAGCAUGUCGACGUCAACGAGGCUGGAGGAGAUGAAGCCGAGGUUAAUGAUGAGGAGGUUGGAGAGGAAGAUGAGGACAAGAACGCUGCAGUCAACCCUCAUGAUGCUGGUAAGAGUGAUCAGAACACCAUAAGGAAGAUUUACAACCAGGAGCAACUGGAAAGCGAAGAGAUCAAUCUAGACCUCCAUGACAUUGCGAACGGUGUCCCUCUGCCCCCUAACCGUGCUCACAACAUCAACAAGAUCACAGGAGGGAUAGGUACCGAGUACUUUGAUGGGAGCCUCCUCAGCAAACAGGGUCUCAUCAAGCUGGCGAUGUUCGCAAGGAGACUGGACGAGGGUGACCCGAUCCUGAGGUACCUGAACUCUCUGGACGAUAAGUCCCUGAUGAUGCUGGGCCGAGAUUUUGAUCUGGACAACGUGAUGGAGAACAUGAUGAUUGAAGGUAGAGAGGAGGAGGAGGUAGGGAUGAAGGAAGAGGUGAAAGCACAGGAGAUGGAUGUCGUUGGUGAAGCGAGAGGGUUUAACUUGGAAAUAGAAGAGACGGAAGCCAAGAGAGAAGGACUGGAUGAUGUGGCCUUUGAAGGACGAAGCGAUGACAUGACCAAUACUGCUAUCCUUCGCCUGCUUCGUUCUCUGGACGUGAGUACGUUGCGUCUCAUGGUGAAGUAUGUAGAGGAGAUGGUCACCGACGAGAAGAAUGCAAGGUCAGAUUCCCUUGAGAGAGAAGAGGCACUCCGUUACCAGGACAGGGACGUGGAGAAGUCUCAAGACGAACCUCUCCAAUACCAGAAGAAGACAGAGGAUGCAUUGCUAAGGGAUACAGAGGUGUAUAAUACGAUUGAGAAAAAAAUGGAAGAAGAGGAAGAAACAGAAGAAAAGAAAGUGGAAGAAGCUAUUCAAUUCCAGAAGAAAAUGGAUGAUGAUUUAUUGGGAAGUAGUCUGAGCAAAUAUCUGAAAAGGAAUAAAGAAAAUAGUCUGAGUCUGAGGAAGAAAGACAGUUUUGUAGGAGAGUCAAAGACUGGAGAAGAUGAUAGACUAUAUGAAUUACUAAGGGAUCUGCAGGCAUUAUUAGAGGAUGAAUGAUGAUUAUUCACUACUCAGUCGUCAGAAUUAGGUUUAAAUGGUUUAUGAAUACAUAUAUUGAAAUUAUAUACAACAUUUUAUAUUAACAAAUCAACUUUUCUAUUGUAUGCUUAUAUGCUUAUGUAUUAUGUCUAGCCAAUCAUAGAAAGAUAUGAAAUACAUUCAUACCGUAUAUUGCAUAAACAUAUGUAAAGAAAAGGGAAAUCUAAAUAUUAAGGCUUCUAAUUGGACAUUCGUUUGGGCUUCAUUUUGCUUGAUGAUAAGGUAACAAAAUCUCUAUUAUUUUUACGUUAUCUCCUCAUGUAGAAAUGUGAAAUAGCCCCCUCUAUGGGUUUUUCAUAUUUAGGCUUGGAAGCUUCUUCGCUUUCACCUCCUGUUCUUGUCUCCUCCUGCUCUGUCUCUUCUGUCUUUUCUUUUGUAAAAUUGCAAAACAAGGUUUAUCGCUUCUUUUUUAAAAUUGUUAUGUUUUUCACUUUUUGAUGCUAUUUGCACAUUAUGCAAAACUGAAGAUAUUAAUUUUUCAUUUUCAACUGUAUUAUUAUUUUUUGUAUACUCCAAACAUUUGUCUUAAAGGCAGUUUGCAUUUUACAUGUAUGAAUGUGAAUUAUGUUCAACAUACAGUUUUUAAAAUUAGUUUGGUAAUGAUAUUAAUAUUUAAGUUCUUAUUUAUAUAUUUUGUAAGAUAUGUUUUCGCAACAAAUUUGUUACUGAGCAAAGGGAAAACAUGAAGUAUGAUGAUGAUAUGUGCGUAGAUAUGAGUACUAAAGUAAGGGUAUACAUACAUAUAUGGAGUAGGCUUAUAUACAUCUAUGUAUUAUACAUAUGAUGGAAGUUUCAGUUGUGCAGUAAUAUUUGGUUUGUAUCAUGUGCAACAUUUCUACUAUGUAUCCAUGCGUUCAAUUAUGACACCUUGUCUUUCUUUUCAAGCUUUUCUUUGGACUCAUCAAUAUUAUCAUUUCUUCCUUGUAAAAGAUACAUUAUAUAUUGAUUCUUAUUGAAGGAUUUUUUCCCCCUAGGUACAGGAUGCUAAGGUUACCCACCAGUGGUAAUUGUUAACUAUGACCAUUGGAUGUCAUAGGUCAUAGGUCCUUGUAUUAUGCUUCUUUUUUCAAGUGGAAAUAUGUCUCAAUGUAUAGAUCUACAUGUAUUUGAUAUUCAUUGGUUUGGAAGGUGCUAUUAAUUUGAUAUUUAUUUCGUACAAUAUUUUCAUUUCACAUUUAGGCUUCGUACAUAUAGAAUAGAUUUGUGUUAAACAUAAUGGCUGUUUUCUUGAAAGCGGCCAAAGUUAACCCUGCUAAUCUUAGGCCAUACGUUAAUAGAAUCUUAAUAUCAAUACAAAAGUUCCAUUUAGAUUAAACAACUGUAAUUAUGGUAACGAAAUGAAGAAACAAAAUAAAUUUCAUCAUGAAAUGGAGAAAGAGAUAUUGAUUUCUCAGAGGCAAUGUUAUGUAUUUUUCGUUUAGUUACAGAGUUAUCUUGAUUUAUACAGGAGGAAUAGAUUGAAAAAAUGCACUCUUUAAAUUGAUGGACUUAACCUAAGUGUAAACAUUUAGACAUUUAAACCGGGCCUAAAGUUAGUUGCUUUCAAGAAUAAGGCCUAUCUGUGGAAUGAUCACAAGACCUUUUUGAAAGAAAUAAUUGUUUUUAAUGAUUUCAUUUUAUUCACUUAGCAGUCAGAAAUAGUAUGUUAGUAUUGAAGAAAUGAUAAUAUAAUAAGCACUUCAAAACUUGUGUAUCAAAUUGAGUCUUUCACAUUCCAUAUUUGAAGAUAAAAAGAUGUUUUACAUGUUUAUGUUUUUGUAUUCAGUUAGAAAUCAGUACUAAUCUAUUUUUCAUUGCAGGCAUUGUCCAAGUUCAUUUCAUAUUUAGGAUUUAGUAAGGGUAAAAAACUUUUAUCUUGCUGUCAGAAAAAAACAAUUAGUGCAGAAUUUAGUUCUUUUUGUUGUUAACUCUUUGUAAAAUCAUUACCUGUGAUUGAUUAAAAAACAGUAUUAAUAUUUACACACCCCUACAUGGUGUAUGGAUAACAGUGGUAGUAUUGAAGAUGAUGAUGAAAAUGAGAUGAGGGAAAAGUAAUAUUGAAUGAAGAUGAAGAGGGGUGUUAGUUUGUAGUCACAAAGAGGAAUAUUGUGA